GCGCGGGACUAGCAGGACAUCAUCAGACUCUGACACCGGUUUUACCCUUGGAUAGUUGAUAUCAUCGUAGGGAAAGGUACACUCGAAGCCCAGCUGUUACUAGGCUCGAUACCACCACGCACUGACCGUCUGAUGGGUGUGAGCCGCUGGGGUCCUGCACGGACCAUAUUUGUUCUGGCCCCCGUCCUCCUCGGUGCACCUCUGUAUACCCUCUAUCAUCAGUUUUUAUUACCAACUCCAAACAUCCACCCUUACGACCCUACCACUUCUCUCCCCCACCCCUCGGAAUCAACAAUCCUUUCCUAUGCCAAAUAUCUCUCAGAAGAUAUCGGCUAUCGCACUCCUGGAACCCGCCAACACGCCCAAGCUGACACGUGGUGGUACCAUAAAGUCCAGGAAGUCGAGGAACUUUGUCGUCGUGCCAUAGAAAAAGAGCCUGGUAGAAAAUUAGAAUGCAAUGUAUGGAGACAACAGGGUAGCGGGAGUCACCGGUUCGACAUAAUGGCAACACGUUUGUACAAAACCUACGUCGAUCUGUCCAACAUCAUCCUCCGGAUAUCUGACGGUACUGAGCGCUCGAAAUCCGACGCAGUCCUCGUCAAUGCCCAUCUCGACAGCACCCUACCAAGCCCCGGCGCAGCAGACGAUGCGCUCGCCGUGGGGGUCAUGCUCGAAUGUGCACGAACACUGAUAGAAACCCCAGGGUGGGAACCGACCUAUGCCAUCAUAUUUCUAUUCAAUAAUGCGGAAGAGUCUCUCCAAGAUGGCUCCCACCUGUAUUCGACUCAGCACGAAACGGCACCCACCGUGAGAGCUGCCGUUAAUCUUGAGGCCGCUGGAACUACAGGUCCCACACUGCUCUUCCAAGCUACCUCGGAGCAGAUGAUCGAGGCGUAUUCCCAUGUCCCUAGACCCUACGGCACCAUAUUUGCAAACGAAAUAUUCAGUUCGGGCAUUCUUCUCUCAGACACCGACUUCCGACAGUUUGAACAGUACCUCAAUGUGACCGGUCUGGACAUGGCAGUGGUCGGGAACAGUUACAUGUAUCACAUGCGAGGGGACCUUGUCGAGAACAUCCAGCCCGGCGUAGCACAACACAUGGCUGACAACACCCUCGCUCUCCUCCGCUACCUCUCCUCCAGUGACUCCCCCAUCCCAAGCCUCGCUGAAGGCUUCGAUGCUCGCCCCCGUACCGUGUUCAUGUCCAGUCUUCAUUGGUUUUUCAUGUACUCUUUUACGACUGCGAAGAUCAUGUACGUGUCGUUAUUCAUUGCGUCGCUUGCCCUGUGGCGUAUUGCACGGGUACAGAAAAUCGGAGCAGGGUUUGGAGCGGUGUUUGCAGCGAUCGCGGGUGCCGUUUUGGCAGCAAACGUUGUUGCUUUCCUGAUGAAGUACGUAUUGAAGAAACCUCUGAGCUGGUUCAAAGCGGAAUAUCAUCCUCUACUUCUUUAUGCACCGGCAGCCAUUUCCGGGAUGUUGAUCGCACAACUACCAUUUAGUGGACCUGGGAAACCUUCCAUGGAACGUCCGAUCUUUAUGGCUCUACUCCUCUUUCAGUCUUUCUUAGCCGCUUUUGGUCAAAUUCUGAAUAUCGGAUCCAGCGCUGCUUUGUUCCUAGGCGCACUCGGAUUCUUUGUAGCGUUGUGCAUAGACACUGCCUUGGCACCGCGCACGCGACUGUCGUCUCUCAACGGGGAUAAACCCAUUGCAAACCAUCCGCGAAAGGGUCAAGCCGGAACAGCCGGGCAAGAGUUGUCGCUGUGGUCAUACGUGAUUGCGAUGUUGAUACCUCUAACGGUGGGAGUGCAAUUGUUGGCUGCGACGCUGGUUGUGUUCGUUCCGUUGACGGGCCGCUUCGGCAAAGAUGCUCCGGCGGAGUUCAUCAUCGCCUCCAUCGUCUCCAUUCUCGGUGCGUUUUCUGUCUCCUUCACGCCAGCACUUGCACACCGCUUCGGCCCGCGUUUCCUUUGGCAAAUGCUAUGGUUGUCCAUCGUGAGCCUCGGUUUGGUCAUGGCGUUCUUUUACGUACAGGAUCCUUUCGAUCGAAUGCAUCAGAGGCGGUUGUUUGUGGUCCAUAAAGACAAUAUGAUGACCGGAGAUCAACACCUCCAUAUUGCCACGGCGGAUGGUGCGCCAGGGUUCGACACCCUCGUCCAUGCGAUGGCAGAGAGGUUCGGUGUGGAAGGUGUCCCUCCGAGAAGGGUGAUUAUGGACGAUCAUAAUGGUGAUUGGGAUAUCCUGUAUCCCUUCUCAACGUUCCUUUCCCCCUACAAAAUUGAUCUACCACUUGAUCCUGCCCCCGUUAUUCCCGUACCGGCGGAACGACGGUUCACAGUAAUCGCCACAAACGACAGUGUCGAUGACAUCGCAGGUACAAGACGAUUGACACUCAAAAUAGACCACCCUGGAAUCAUCUGGACAGUCAUCGCCUUCGAUGCACAUGUUCUCGAGUGGACGUUAGACAAUGACCCACCUGACGAGUUUGCUCGGCACCAUAUCAAGGAAGCGUCGUUUUACGGAACCGAGACUUGGGGCGUCUCCAUGCUGAUCAAGUACCCGACGCCGGGUUCGCCUGAGCAAAUGGCAAAUGCAUCGCCUCAAGGUCUCAAAGUCAAUUUCAUCGGCAUUGAUGAAAAGCGAAUGUGGCCUGCGAAAAAGUUAGAGGCAGAUGGUAAUCCUGCGAUGAAACUGUUCGAGGAAUUAGAUGCGUGGCUCGAAGAGAGGACGGGCGGCAGUGUAGAUGCUACGCUGCUUGGAUGUGUUGGUGGGGAAGCUCUCGUCUAGAAUCUUGUUUCCCUUCCUUUGUCGUCUCCCUGGUGGAGCUAUGCGCUCACUUUUGGCACGGGCUUAUUUCUGUCCCGUGCAACGAGUCAUGGGGUAUUACCCGGUUUUACACAUGAAUAUUAUUGAACUUUUU